CGAGAGCUACUGCGUCGUUUUGCACACCUUCUCCAUCUCCCUAUCCCAAUCUAUCCCUACGCUCGAUCGCUCUCCAUCAAUGACCUCUCAGUUGUAGAACACUACGAACCCUAACGCAAAAUCCUGAACGAACUUCGAUUGUCAUCAGAAGCAUUUCUUUCGGAUUUCACGAAGGAUGACGUCCGCGAAGCGAUAUUACAAGGAGAAAAUUGCGCGUCGCAAAGAAGAGAAAGCAGAAGAAUCAGAGCAAGCAAAAUAUAGGGACCGUGCGAAGGAGCGAAGAGAGGAUCAAAAUCCCGAUUAUGAAGCCACAGAGUUGGGCUCCUUUCAUGCCGUCGCUCCUCCGGGUACAGUUGAUAUCCGUUCAGCUGACGCGAAUAAGAUUUCAAUCGAGAAGAGCAAGUACCUCGGAGGUGAUGUGGAGCACACUCACUUGGUGAAGGGGCUGGAUUAUGCAUUACUUAACAAAGUAAGAAGUGAGAUUGACAAGAUACCCGAUGCUGGAGAUGAUGCUGAAGGAAAAUCCAGAACAUCAAAAGAAGAUCAGCAAUUGUCGUUUCGUACUGCAACUGCAAAGUCUGUCUAUCAGGCGAUUGUCAAGCCUCAAUCUAUUAUCAAGACAAAUGAGAUGUUCCUUCCUGGCAGAAUGUCAUUUAUUUUCAACAUGGAGGGUGGGUACCAUCACAAUAUUCCAACAACCUUACUCAGGAGUAAAGCUGACUGUCCAGUGCCAGAGGAAAUGGUCACUGUCAGUGUUGAUGGUUCUGUGCUAGAUCGGAUUGCAAAAAUUAUGUCAUAUCUUCGCCUUGGAUCAUCGGGAAAGGUUCUCAAGAAGAAAAAGAAGGAAAAAGAUGCAAAAGGGAAGAUUUCUUCUGUUGGCAAAGACAUUAAUGAAGAGGAUAAGCCAUCAAAGCCAAAUGGCAUCAUGUCAAAUAAUUACACUGAAAGGGAGAUUUUGCCUCCACCACCACCACCACCACCACCACCACCACCACCUUCCAAGAAAAAUCAGCCUGAUUUGAAAGAGCAACAGGCCCCAGCUGCUGCUAGACAUGAAGAGGAUGACAUAUUUGUGGGGGAUGGUGUUGACUACACCAUCCCUGGGAAGGACAUGAGCCAAAGCCCUAUUUCAGAGGACAUGGAAGAGUCUCCUCGAAAUAAGGAGAAGUUCUCUUAUUUCAGUGAACCUGCUUAUGGUCCAAUUCCGCCAUCUGGUCCUCCUCAGGAAUGGCAGGAAAUGAAUGGAUACAAUGCAUUGCAACCUCAAGUGCUCGCAGGUGAUUACCAGGCAGAGUGGCAGGACUACCAAUAUGCCGACCAAUUGGCUUAUCCUGACCAGUAUCUCCAGCAAACAAUGCAGGGUUAUGUUGUGCAAGGAGAUGUAAACCUUACGCAGGAUUCAGAGUUCAUGACUCAAGAAGAGAAGGAUCGAGGACUAGGUUCUGUAUUCAAGCGGGAUGAUCAGAGGCUUCAACAGUUGAGGGAGAAAGAUGCUAGAGAAAAAGAUCCCAAUUUUAUUUCAGAAAGUUAUUCCGAAUGUUACCCUGGGUAUCAAGAGUAUAAUCGUGAGAUUGUGGAUAGUGAUGAUGAAGGUGACUUGUCGAAAAUGGAUAUGGGUGGACGGGCGAAAGGCCGUCUUCAUCGGUGGGACUUUGAGACAGAAGAAGAAUGGGCAAAGUAUAACGAGCAGAAGGAAGCAAUGCCUAAGGCCGCAUUCCAGUUUGGUGUUAAGAUGCAAGAUGGUCGGAAGACACGAAAGCAAAACAGGGACCAUAAACUCAAUAAUGAGCUGCACAAAAUCCAGAAGAUACUUACAAGGAAGAAAAUGGACGAGGAAUCAGCUGAAGGCGGCCAUUACGAUGAUGAUGUCCAACCUGGGAAGAAGCUUCGAAUAUGAAUAUUAGGAGUUAAUUGGCCCUCGCUGGCUGUGAUUAUGUUGGCAUAUAUGCGUAUGUGCCAUUGUAUUUUUAUUUAUGAACGGAAACUCCCCCUCCCAAUUUUUGUCCUCUUCAUUUAUCUAAUUGUAUGGAAUGAAGAGGCUUAGGGUCGUGAGUUUAGAAAUAGUCUAGUGGUGAAUCUCUCUGGAUCAAAUCGUAUGAACUCAAAAUAUCUCAAGUUUGGUUUAAAUUAUCUUGUCGUCAAAUAAGAAAUUUCUAUGUUGCGUGGGCUUAA